AUGGGUUUCAGGCUCCCCAGAAUUUCAAACACCAAGAGAAGUCUUACUCGAUCUUCAUCUAAUGGAAACAAGACAGCUCCAAAGUCCUUAGAUAUCCCAAAAGGCUACUUUGCAGUCUAUGUCGGAGAAAGCCAGAAGAAGCGGUUUGUGAUUCCAAUAUCAUACUUGAACCAACCUUCAUUCAUGGAUUUGCUGAGUCAAGCUGAAGAAGAAUUUGGAUACGAUCAUCCCAUGGGUGGCAUCACAAUCCCCUGCAGUGAAGAAACCUUCCUUGAUCUCACUUCAAGCUUAAGUGUUUCAAAUAAAUUAACCAUGGGUUUCCGAUUGCCUCGAAUUGCCAACACAAAGACAUCAGAUAUCCCAAAAGGUUACUUUGCAGUCUAUGUUGGAGAGAGCCAGAAGAAACGAUUUGUGGUUCCAAUAUCAUAUUUGAACCAACCAUUGUUUCUGGAUUUGCUGAGUCAGGCUGAAGAAGAAUUCGGAUACCAUCAUCCAAUGGGCGGUAUCACAAUUCCUUGCAGUCAAGAUACCUUCAUUGAUCUCACUUCCCGCUUAAGUGUGUGA